AUGGCUACUCAACCCACCUCCAUCAACGCGAGGCCCAUCACCAUCGAUUUGACUGUGGAUGAAGACAGUGACAGAUCUGACUAUAUUCAAAGGUCAUCGUCGUCGCCUGUCCAUCCCACAGACACUUUUACCACCCAGGCGCGUUUUGCCCCCAACUUUUCUACCGAACGACAUCCAUCAUCAACCCAUGCACCUGUCAGCCCGCCUAAGAUAAAUCGAACCUCAUCCUCCAUCACCGCCAUCCAGGACAAGCAGCAUUCCACUGAGCCGCCACGUCCAUCACCUCCCGUACUCAAGAUUGAGCAGAACGUGACCCAAGUAAUUGCUACUCUCGACGAUGCCGACAGUAUGGCAAGACUGUCUAGAGUGACAACUUCCAACGUGGCAUCUCGUCAGGUGACGCCAGCACUUGAACAAGAUAUGGAUAUAUCAUCACAAGAACCCCAGCCCACGUCUCCCAAGUAUCAGACGCCCAGAAAACCCGAAUGGGAUGUUGCUGCUGUCGCUGAAAAGUUAACUGAAUAUCGCCAGGAUAUCAGAAAUGGACACAGUCGCAUGACUUCUUUCAUCAUUGAAUCUACACAACCCAUAGAGCGACGCAGUCUCACUGGCAGCAAUCUCUUCGCCGGACUCACCAGCAAGUCUAUGCCGGCGAAGAAGGGCGAAACGAUGAAAAUCAAAUCCAAGGAGCAUACUAGUACUAAACUUAAGAACAACAAACGGGAGGAUCAUCACAUGAUUGUACGAAUUCAAACGGAUGAAGAGCGUGUACCGCGGUAUCGUUUUCACCAUGUGGAAAUCAAAAAGAACAUUCUCACACCCAAUACCAUGCUGACAUUUGUACCCCACUUGAGGGAUCUCGAGACCUCAGAAGAGUACAAAUACAACAUAUGGUUGCAGGAGUUGGAGGACAUUGAUCGAAAAUCCGGUUUCAAACCCAUGAGUCGCGAAGAAAAGUUGCGCAUAACUGUACGGUCCGAAUUCGCAUCGACUGUCCUGCUCUAUCUGGAGAGCUGGUUGGACAAGCUUUCACUGCCUGGCUGCGACAAAUCAACCCUCAUCCGCUACAUGGCAAGUCGCGAACCCGAUAAUGCAAUCACCCCCAGACAAAAGUCUGACAUUCUGAACUCGCACCGCCCAGCUGGAUCGACCACCCCGCCAGGGGCAAACAGGGCUGCUGAUAUAUUUACCGAAGCAUUUCAUCGCGUCUUCCAUCAGGGCCAACCUCCAAACAAACAAAUUGAGCUUCGCGAUGUUCUUCUUCUGGAUGAAUCAGUUGACAGCAUCAUGGAAACCAAACCUACAGCGAAGGACGGCUCCAGUUCGCAGAAAGAAAACGAGCAUGAGGCCAUCGAGUACUGGCUGGGUACUUAUUCAAUUCUCGGUUGUCUCAUUUGCUUUAGUCAUUCUUGCGAACAUGGUGAAUAUGAUGCGCAGAAUUGUAAACGCACCCUUUCGAUGCUUCCUCGCCUUUCAGAAACUCUCAAGCGGAGACGGCGCAUACCUCAUGAAGAAGAUGCCGAUAUCGAUAUGAUGAAUGGUCACUCACGCCUCUGCAGACGGAACUGCUAUCAGUCAUCGCCUCGCCCUGAGGCAUGCUCGGUUCAGCGACCCUGGAAUGAAGAAGAACAGUACGUCUUACGUUCUGUCGUCGCAACAACCGAUCACAGCCAAGUCAAGAAAGAUCCCUUCUGCUUGGUCGCCCAACUCCUUGACCGCGACUGUAGUGGUGUCUUUAACGAAUAUUGUCGGAUGGGAAUAUCUCUACCCCCACCGGAGCCAGCGAGAAAAUUGCAAAGGCGAACGGUCACUUGGUAUGAUCGGUACAAGAAAGUACUAAUUGGAGAUUGGGAGGGUCACACCAAAACCCAUAAGUACCAAACACGCGAGAUUUUUGAGCCCUGUUCUCAUGAAGGCCCUUGCACCUUGGACAGCUGUGUCUGCGUUCAACAAAAUCUUCUCUGCGAAAAGUUUUGUGGAUGUAGCGUUGAGAACUGUGCCUACAAGUUCACUGGCUGUGCCUGCCACUCACAAGGAAAAACAUGCUUUAGUAAACAGAAGGACAGGCCAUGUGUUUGUGUGCAGCUGAACCGCGAAUGCGACCCGGAUGUUUGUGGGACGUGCGGUGUACUGGACAGGGCUGAUCCUGAGAACGCCGACGACGAAGUUCUACAUUCUACUGGCUGUCAGAACUGCUCUCUUCAACGUGGUCAACAAAAGGGCCUCGCUUUAGGUCAGAGUCAACUUGAAGGUGUCGGGUACGGACUGUUCACGAUUGAGCCUAUCGCUCAAGACGAUUUUAUCAUUGAAUACGUCGGAGAGUUGAUUACCCAUGACGAAGGUGUACGACGAGAAGCCCGACGGGGAGAUGUGUUUGAUGAAGAAUCUAAUAUCUCCUACGUUUUCACUCUUUUGGAAGCUGAAGGCAUCUGGGUGGACGCUGCCACGUACGGCAACUUGAGUCGUUACAUCAACCAUGCCUCGGAGAGUGACAAACGCGGGUGCAACAUCACGCCCUGCAUUCUCUAUGUAAAUGGCGAGUACCGAAUCAAGUUUUCAGCUAUGCGUGACAUCGCAGCUGGAGAAGAACUCUUCUUUAACUACGGAGAGAACUUCCCUAACCUGACAAAGAAGCUACUCGACCAUAAGACGGGAGAGAAGUCGGGCGAGGGUAAGAAGCGAACGCGACGACCCAAUGGGGAAGGAGUCGCCAGAAAGGCCCCCAAAACGGACAAGAAGAAGCCUGGAAAGGGGAAGAAGACCCAAGAAGUCCUUUAUGAAGAUGAUUUGACGGCGACACUUGGAUUCACUCCGAAGCCGUUGCGCAAACGUAAGAAGGGCGCUCUCGACGAGGACUCAGAAGAAGAGGAAUAUCAUCCUACCGGGACAGAUGCAUCUCUCGUGGAAACGCCAUCUGAUGGCGAGUCAGAUUAUGAAACUGGCAAGCCAUCGGCUGCCAGGUUCCGAAAACGUGCGCGACCAGCUGCAAAGGCAAUUGGCUCAGAUCAAAGUGGUAAACCUCGAGGAGAUGUCAAAACUCGAGGCAAGAGAGGAGGGGCCAGACCUGGCAGUGGUCGACCUAGAAAAUACCCCCGGAAGCCCACUUCAGCUCCGACAACCGCAACAACUAGAUUAUCGGCGUCGGUGUCGGAGGAAACAGAACAAACAGAAGAGCAAACGGACAAAAAUAUCGUGGUGCCAGAUACGAUUGUGCGGCCGGUGGUACCACCGCAACCACAGUCUAUGGAAAUUAAUGAUAACAUGGAAGAUGCGACGCCUACAGAGGAAUCCGCUGAAGAAUCCAGACGGCUUCGGAUUCAACUGGAGGAAGACAACAAGAAUCAUGAUGAUGAUGAUGAUGACGACGACGACGACCAAGACGUCGUAGUUCGUUCGCGCAUCGAUAGAGUCGCUAGGAAUCGACGUCUACCAGCCAAGUUAAGAGAUGAUGGAGAUUGGAUGAGCGCCAGCCAGUGA